CACUCGCCCGUUGGGAAACAGAUCCCGUUCAAUCCCCGGAGCGAGUAUGAAGUCGAUCGGACUUGCCUUAUCUGUGCUGCUUCUUUGCUGCCUUCUGGCUGUGGUCAACGCCACGCCGGGAAAGGUGUACAUUAACGGGAAGUGCAUCGAUUGCAAUCGACCAGAUGGCGACGAUUCCAUAGUUAUUCCCGAGGAACCCAGGUCGGGAGCAACGUCCUACGCUCUCACAUCUGGAGCCAUACUAUUUGGAGCACUAUAUCAUCUUUUAAGUUAGUUCCAUGCGUAGUAUGAAUAUGAAUAA